AGACUCUGAGCUUACUUUACCACAUUUCUAUGCAGCUUUGCCAUUCAUGGAGUUGAACUGCAAUGAUCACUGAGUCCCAUUCAAACCACCCUCACAAUUCUGCAACUUUUCUGGAUGAACCCUGUAUGUGAAUGAGGCUCUUCCACUUCUCACUCUGCUCCUGAACCCAUCAGUGACACAGUGUUAAUCAAAAGAUGGAGCGCCCCAGGCUUAACAUGAGGGUUCGUUGCUCUGGUUCAACUCCCUCAGAAGAAUCUGCUUUGGAUCUUGAGAGAAACUGUUGUGGUCAUUCUAAUCUGCCUUCACUCAGUCCGCCAUCGCUCCAGCCCUUUGUUUCAGCUGGACAGCAUUGUGAAAGCAAUGCUGCGUACUUCUCAUGGCCUAGUCGCUUGAAUGAUGCUGCUGAAGAGAGAGCAAACUACUUUUUAAAUCUACAAAAGGGGGUCUUACCUGAAACCCUUGGUCGUCCGCCUAAGGGGCAGCAGGCAACUACAUUACUUGAACUCAUGACAAUCAGGGCAUUUCAUAGCAAGAUACUUCGUUGUUACAGCCUGGGAACAGCAAUUGGUUUUCGCAUUCGGCUAGGUGUAUUAACAGAUAUUCCUGCCAUUCUAGUGUUUGUUUCCAGGAAAGUUAACAAGCAAUGGCUCAGCCCAAUACAGUGUCUGCCUACUGCUCUCGAGGGGCCUGGUGGAGUAUGGUGUGAUGUGGAUGUGGUGGAAUUUUCAUAUUUUGGUGCACCUGAACCAGUUCCAAAAGAACAACUGUAUACAGAGUUAGUGGAUGAUUUACGUGGUGGUGAUCCGUACAUUGGUUCAGGAUCUCAGGUGGCAAGCCAGGAGACAUACGGAACUUUGGGUGCCAUCGUGAGGAGCCAGACAGGUAGUCGACAAGUUGGUUUUCUCACGAAUCGUCACGUAGCAGUUGACCUAGAUUAUCCAAAUCAAAAGAUGUUCCAUCCUCUUCCACCCACGUUGGGACCUGGGGUUUAUCUUGGUGCAGUAGAGAGAGCUACUUCGUUUAUUACGGAUGAGGUUUGGUACGGCAUAUUUGCUGGAAUAAACCCAGAGACGUUUGUGAGAGCUGACGGUGCAUUCAUUCCUUUUGCUGACGACUUCGACAUGUCCUUUGUUACAACUUCAGUGAGAGGUGUUGGAGAUAUCGGUGACGUGAAAAUUAUUGACUUACAGUCUCCAAUUAGUAGCCUUAUUGGAAAACAAGUGGUGAAGGUUGGAAGAAGUUCUGGCUUGACGACGGGAAUUGUUUUGGCUUAUGGCCUAGAGUACAAUGAUGAGAAAGGUAUAUGCUUUCUAACUGAUUUCCUUGUUGUUGGUGAAAACCAACAAACUUUUGACCUUGAAGGAGACAGUGGAAGUCUCAUCAUGUUUAAAGGGGACAAUGGUGAGAAACCGCGGCCAAUCGGGAUCAUAUGGGGAGGAACUGCUAAUAGGGGUCGCCUUAAAUUAAAAAUCGGGCAACCUCCCGAGAAUUGGACUAGUGGGGUUGAUCUAGGACGUCUUCUCAAUCUACUUGAACUUGAUUUGAUAACAACAGAUGAAGGACUUGGAGUGGCGGUGCAAGAACAAAGAGCUGCCUCAGCUACAGUAAUUGGCUCUACUGUUGGCGAUUCCUCAACUCCUGAUGGCAUACUUCCGAAAGAUAAAGCUGAAGAAAAAUUUGAGCCACUUGGUCUUCAUGUUCAGUCUAUUCCCUUGGGAGUUGAACCUAGCAGCCAAGAGACAAAACCAUCAAGCAUGGAGACUGAAUUUAAAGUAGAAGAUGGAGUGAAGGUAGUUCCCAGCAUCGAACACCAGUUUAUUCCGAGUUUCAUUGGGCGGUCCCCGUUGCACAAGAACAGCAUCAAGGACAGAGCUGCAACAGAAAAUUUGUCUUCAUUGAGGAAUGGCUGUGAUGAAGAUUUAUGCGUUUCCCUGCAGCUGGGUGAUAAUGAAGCAAAGAGAAGGCGUUCCGAAGCAUCAACUAGUACUGAGGAACCUUGAUGAAUCAAGUUAUUUCCAUGAACUGGAAAAACUGACAUAUUAUAGAGUUGUUUAUCCCAGUGUUGUUUAUGACCAUUGUGAUACUGUAUUAUGCAGGCAAUGAUCUGAGUGGAACUCACAUUAUCUAUGAAGUUUUAGUGAAUUUGUGGUCUUGGAGAGCCAUUCAAUUUCUUCAAUGA